AGUACUCCCGUCCGAUUGGUGGCGACCAUGCACCUCUCAGCCACCAAUAAACAGAAGAAGAAAAGGGGGCGGAGUCAAGAAGGAGCAAAAUUCACGGCAUCGCAACUGCUACCCAUGGAGUUGUCUCAGAGGGACAGACUGUCUGAGCUUGUGGAGGAGCUGACUACCUCUGGUCAGCCUCAUAUCGACAAGGACAAGAUGAAGGAAGUCAAGAAGAUAUGCAAGGAGUCCAAUGACUGCGUUGAUCAUGUGUACCACACAAUAAUGUCCCAGCUCAACCAAGACCACGCUGAGAUCCGUUUAUCAGCCUUUCAGGUUGCCACUGAGCUCUUCUCCCGAUCGCAUCACUUCAGAACACUCCUUGUAGACAAUUUCCAGGAGCUAUUGGAGUUGACAGUGGAGACCAAUUUUGAGCGGCCCCUUCCUCCUCCUCAGCUCGUUGCCAGAAAACUAAGGUCACUUGCUGUCCAGACCAUCCAGACCUGGCAAUCCUCGUACGGGUCAGCAUAUAAGAAGUUGGAGCUGGGCUACCACUUUCUCAAACAGUUUAAAAAGGUGGACUUUCAGGAUGCUGAGGCCAGGACUGUUGCAGAGAGGGAAAGGGAAAGAGAGAGACAAAGGAAAAUGGAGAAGAUAUACAGUGAAAGAUUGAAAGCAGCCGUGAAAGACUUGGAUGACUCCUCCCCAGAAAUUGAGGUAGCAUUGACUGAAUUGGACUCCUGCCUGACGCUGCUUUUCCCUCAUUUUGAUCUGAUGGACGACCAAAAGACAAAUCCACUAACCAGUCAAACAACCGUCGCACAUUUGUCAGACGAUGAACAGCCCUGCUGCAGCAAAAAUCUGACCAGUGACGGCCAAGGUAGCAUACAAGGAAACAAGGAGAGGAUGGGUGAGAAUGAAGAAUCCAACUGCAGUGACGAGCUGGAGGAGACGGAAGAAGGGCAACGUCAUCAGACGAAACACGAUGAGGGAUACCGAAGACAUGAACCAGAAGAAGACUCUCUUCAUGGAGACGCCUUUAUUCAAAACUCUGGUCUUAUCUCCCGCUCAUAUUGUCUGGACUUGAACCUUAGCCCUGGUCUUCAUGUAGCCGAGACUGAGGAUAAUGAAGCUUUAGUUUCGACAUUGUUGGAUCUACAAAGACUCCUAACAAGCAAACAUCUACCAGCCGUGCGUCAUUGGGUUCAGGUCUUCACCAAGUCAGGUGCAGACCAGCGUUUGUUGAGAAGAGCUCUGGAUCUGAAGAGGUCCCUCGAAGCGGCCCAGAAGAAACUGAACCAGCUGCAGAUUGACUCCAAGAGCAGAAAAGUCAGAAAAGUGGUUUCAUCAGAUGGCGAGGAGGACGAUGAUGAUGAUGAUGAUGAUUUCAGUGAGGUACCAGAGAAAGAAGGAUAUGAGCCCCAUAUCCCUGAGCAUCUACAGGAGGAAUAUGGUUUGAGUCCCUCCACAUCCACCCAAGCGUUGUCCGUCACAAAAAGAACUCCUGUCCAAAGACCUUCCACUCCACCCUUAGCUUCUUCCUCGCACUCCAGGAGGCUGAAAAGACUCAAAGAAGAAGAGGAGGAUCCAACUUGUGCGGCUGCAACGUUAAACAUCCUUCGAAAAGACCUUCGUCUGACUGCUGUAUCUCGGAGCUCCUCGGAUCCCACUUCCACUGAGCCCAACGCAGACCAAACGACUUCAAAGGCCCCGGUGGUUCCAUUUGGUUUGGAUCUGUACUACUGGGGCCAGGAGCAGCCCAACUCGGGCAAGAUCAUCAAAUCGGCCUCUCAGCACCAGUUCUGGGUUCACAGCAAUGUGGAAGAGGAGGUGGAGAACAAGGAGAUGCUGGCGGAGAGCAAAUGCAGAUACAUUUCCUUUCCCGGCCAAUUUACUCCUGUCCGCCAUUAUUGCCAUGCACCGUUAGGCGAUGGGAAACUGUGUAAGAGACAGGACCGGCUUAAGUGUCCUUUCCACGGUCGUAUCAUUCCUCGAGACAAGGAGGGCCGGCCCUGCUGCCAGGAGGACCGUCAGAGAGAAGACGAGGAGAAGAGGAAGAAAGAGAGAAAUAACUGGCACGAUGCAGAGCUCGCUCGGGACAUCGAGAUACAAACAGGAGAAAACCUUGGUUCUGACAAGUUGGGCAAAAAGGGGAAAAGGAAAAAGAAGACUAAGUACCCCAACCUCAGCAACCUCAAACAAAGUGCCAACACAUCACGGUCUCGGCUGGAGAGUCGAGUAUUCAACAAGAGUUCCAUGCGGCGAGUAGCUCAGACCAUGAAUAAAGUGGACAGCAGGAAACAUGAAAAGUUUUCCAACCAGUUCAACUACGCUCUCAAUUGACCUUUACGGCUCUUGCUGUGGACAUCUAGCCGUGAUGUGGCAAGAGAGGACAGUACUGUAGUUUUGAUAUGUAUCUGUAUAUGGAUAUAUAAUAUUGUCACAAUUUGUCCUCAAAAUAGACAGGCGCUAAGAUAAAUGGUGGGACGGUGGAGCAGAAAACGGUUCAUGGCGGAAAAGAAGAUCGAAGGGAUUGAACUCACAUCAAUGUCCCAUCGCUGCUGGCUCCGCCUCCUCACCCACAGUGUCUAAAAACAGACGUGGAAGUAAGUUCCCCACAAACUGCCAUAUCCAAAAGUAAUGUGAAUGACUUCAUAAAAAGAUCAGAUUUGAUCAAACACUCAAACGGCACAAAGACUACAUGAGUGUGAAUAUAAAGUGAUCAUAAAAGGGGUCGGACUUAUCUGAUUUACACCAUUUAAAGACUCGAAUCUGCACUUUUGACAUGACGGCAUGGUCACUGAUUCCGGUUUUUAUUUUUACAUUUACUAUCUUUUGGAUCUGUUAUGACAUAUUCAUUGAAAAUCAACUUCACAGAAGUCUUAAAUAUAAUUUCUAAUGUGUGUGCAAAGAAUGGAAAACAAAUAAUCUUCAUUCUUCAUUUGGUUGCAUGAAGGCAAUGGUUGUUGUGCUAUUAUGUUUGUGUAUUUGAGUAUAAAUCACAUAAAAUUGUAUUUCUGUAUUUUUGAAAAUUUCUGAAUGGAUUUGGAUGACAUUUUCAGGAAUUGUCGGAAAUGGGAUGCGGAAGAACUGAUUAAAUAUUGGUGGUGAGCCGCAUCACCGUUGGGUUCCAGGCAUUGACAUUUGUGCGUGUAGCUACACAAAAAAGACAUUUAGCUUAAUUAUUCUGAUGCUAGGUGUUAGCAUGUUAGCAUUGCUACCAUGCUAAAUCUUCUCCGGUACUGCAGGUGACACACAAAAAAGACAUAUAGCCUGAUUAUUCUGAUGCUAGGUGUUAGCGUUGCUAGCAUGCUAAAUCUUCUCCGGUACUGCAGGUGACACACAAAAAAGACAUUUAGCCUGAUUAUUCUGAUGCUAGGUGUUAGCAUGUUAGCAUUGCUGGCAUGCUAAAUCUUCUCCGGUACUGCAGGUGACACACAAAAAAGACAUUUAGCCUAAUUAUUCUGACGCUAGGUGUUAGCAUGUUAGCGUUGCUAGCAUGCUAAAUCUUCUCCGAUACUUCAGGUGACGCACAAAAAAGACAUUUAGCCUGAUUAUUCUGAUGCUAGGUGUUAGCAUGUUAGUAUUGCUAGCAUGCUAAAUCUUCUCCGGUACUGCAGGUGACACACAAAAAAGACAUAUAGCCUGAUUAUUCUGAUGCUAGGUGUUAGCAUGUUAGCAUUGCUAGCAUGCUAAAUCUCCGGUACUGCAGGUGACACACAAAAAAGACAUUUAGCCAGAUUAUUCUGAUGCUAGGUGUUAGCAUGUUAGCAUUGCUAGCAUGCAAAAUCUUCUCCGGUACUGCAGGUGACACACAAAAAAGACAUUUAGCCUAAUUAUUCUGACGCUAGGUGUUAGCAUGUUAGCAUUGCUAGCAUGCUAAGUCAUGCAGGUGACAAUGGUGGCAGUCUCCAAGGACAAUGUAGCGCACUAGCAGUGGGCAGGGAGGUUUUUUUUCAAAAAAAAUCUCCCUUCUUUUCAAAUGCAAAUACUAUGAGAUACUCGUACUUUUACCCGAUGCUCUUUUGCGAAUACCAAUAACAACAAACAACAAAGCCGUUACUUUUCCUGUGGUUUUAGAAGGUUACGUAUAUUUAAAAAAGACACUCAAUUUUGUGUAAUGAUUUAUUAUCAAAGAUGUAAUUUUAGCGGAGGAUUGGUUGACACAUGAAUUCCUGUCAACAAAUUGAAAAAGAGAAAAACACUCACUGCUGAAGCAACACGGUACUUCUAAAUAGAUCAUUCCGUUAGUCAUAUCUAACAUUGACGUUUCCGUACAGAUACUUGAUGGACAGACAUGAGAAAUAUUUGCUCUGACUUUAAAGAGCCAUCCAAUUAUGUACAGUCUAUUCACAUUCAGUCCAAAUUAAAGCUUUAUCUGUAAAAACCAGUUCAUUGCUACGCUGAAACACAUCAGUCACUUGGCUCAGUGGGUGCACGUGCGCGUGCACGUGCGUCUACAGGUGUGAGCUGUAGAAGGCAGGUGCAGCGUAGCUCUGUGUUCCCAGCAUGAAUGGAGACAGAACAUGGCUGCUGGUGAGGAAGGGGAGCUGGACCAGGCUGCCUGCAGAGGGGUGAUGGUGGGCGGGGUUAUAUCCCGUGUGCAUGGCCAGAUGCCCGCUGAUUGGAGGGGAUGGGCUUAGCGGGCUGAGGCUGCCCAGAGCGCCGCCUAGGCUCCCACCGGCGCCCGCCGUGCCUCCCGCGCUGGUGGGAGCUGAAGUGUCCGCCCCCGGGUUCUGUUUCUUCCACUUGGUGCGGCGGUUCUGGAACCAGAUCUUGACCUGGGUCUCAGUCAGGGAGAGGGACAGCGCCAGGUUAAGGCGCUCGCAUACAGACAAGUAUCGCGUGGAUUUGAACUUGUUCUCUAGCGCCACCAGCUGCUCAUAAGUGAAGGCGGUACGUGCUCUGCGGGGUUUGCCCGACUUGGAGUCUGUGCCUGAGCGUUUCCUUUUGGGUUUCCCUUGUGGACCGUGGCCCCCGUUGGGCUGCACGCUGAUGAUUUGGCCUGCAGGGCCUCUUCUGGGGCUUUUGGAGUCUUUGUUGGGGUCCCGGGGGCUUUGCUGGCCCGCAUCUCGAUCCCCACUAAAGUGUAUCGCUGAACUACUCUCCUCGCUGCUGUAGGGACCGUCUGGUACGUCCGAUUCUGGGGUACCAGCUUCAUUGUAGCCAUCCUCAUCUGGACUUCUAUAGCCAAAGUUUUCUGCAAUAAAACCAUAAAGAUUAGAUAUACUAGUAUACAGUACUAUGUAUUUAUAUACUGUGUAGUAAUUAAGGUUUAUUGAUGACAUCUUAUUACUGCAACUUUAAGGUAAUGAGAGGUAAAGCUGACGACUUAUAUACUGCCAUUAUUGUUGGCUUACUGGCAACUGGACUGGUCAGGUUGUCUUAGAUGUUUUUCCACUCAUUCCAGCUAAAUGACUUGAUAGGACAACUGCAGUCCUCUCAAAGGUAGAGGUACAUUGUGGUUGCACAAUUACAGUCAUUAGUAUAGAGUGGAGUAUAGAUGAAUUGAAUGUCCAUGGUGAAAUGUGCUUUUUAUUGUCAAUAUUGUAAAUAUGGUACAUUAAUGCAUGUCUUCUUGAGAAGACAAGCAUUGUGCGCUUUUUUGCGAUUUUUUUUAGGCUGCUGUAUCAAACAGCAUCAUCAUGCAUUAAUUUCAUAUUUUUCUCAAUUAGUGUUGAUUUAUUUUUUUUUACAUUUUAUGAACUAGUAUUUCUUGUUUUUCGAACACUACAGAGGGAGAAGAAACCUAGUACAUCUGAUAAUAUUGCAGUGCAACAUAAAUGAUAUUUUUUGUCACAGUGAGUAUAUGAUUUACACAAUACCAUAACAAUUACAUUCAUAAUAAAUAUGGUUUAUGGCUAUCUUUCAUAUUGAAUCCCUUUAUCACUUGGAAGCAAUAAAUAUCCAUGUGAAGUACUUCCCCACAUCUACCAGUACACAUCCUUACAUAUAAAAAAAAAAAAAUAGACGGCCAACCUGAUUCAUUUUCUGAUAGUACAGGAUGCCCAUACUGCUAGUUGUGUUUGUGUUGCUAUGGUAACUGGUAACUAAUCAGUAUAAAUACACAUAACUUGAAGUUGCAGUAUUUUAAAUAUGAUCAUAUAAAUAUAUUUUGUGUAUGAGUUCAAUAGUUUUGACAUUUUCUUAAGUAAAAAUCACUAAAUUUGUGUGACAUAAAUAUUUUUGCAAAUCUCACAAUAAAACACAGUGAUACCUUGGUUAACAUCCACUCUGGUUAGCGUGUUUUUAGGUUAACAUCUAAAAUCAACCACUUGGUUAGCGUCCAAAAUGCCGUCCGGUUUGUGUAUGUGGCCAUCUUGGAUCACGUGCAGAAGACGAAAUCUUGCGAUACUUGCUCGUGAUUGCACAAUGCAUUGUGGGUCGCAGGCGUCAUUUUAGAGCAACAGCGUGCCGAGAAUGCCUGAACCGAGAAAAAGGUGUAGGUGUGGUUGUUUAUUUGUUUGUUUUCAUGUUUAAUUGUAGGUAUUUAAAGUUGGCCGAUAAAAAAACAAGCUGUGGGCCACGAACGGCCCCGGUGCCGCAUCUUAGACACCACCGCCUUACUUCAUUGUGUUCUUUUUAGGUCACAAGUGUUGCCAAAAUUAUUAUUUUUUUCACAAUUUUUGCUGCAUUUAUGUAAUAUAUGUUUUCAUAUAUGAUAAUUGUACGUGUAUUUAUUAUUAGCAUUACUUAUUUUCCUUGUAUUUAUUAUUUUAUGGUUUCCAGUUCAGUCUUUGGUUGACUUGAAUUACUGCUUUUGUUCUAUCAUGGAGGCAAAGAUUCAAAAUUUGAAAGAAAUAUGACAUGAACAUUUCAUCAUAUUGACAUUUCAAUGAAAUAA